AGAAGAAUAACCCUUUCUUUCACCACUACAGUAUAUCCAUCGAUUUCGAUGCUUAUCCCAAGCGUCCUCAGACAGCGCGUCGCUGGUCGCACUUUCCCACUUUCAUAUUUGCUUCGUGCUUCCCACCCUCAUCAAGAUGCAGUUCCGCUACCUCAUCGUCUUGCUCGCGGCUGCGAUGGCGUCCGAGCACCACCACCACCGCCACCACCGCCACCACGACGCCGAAGCUGCCUGCACCAACGUGAGCGUCCAGGGCGACGCCACGUACUGCAUCGACGGUCCGAUCUGCGGCGGCAACGGCGACAAGUGUCCCAAGAAGGGCGACAAGGCCGUCGCCGACUGCCUCCCCAACCUCAAGAGCUCCACCAACGGCGGAAGCUGCACGAUCGCGUCCGGCGCCCGUGGGUGCGUCUUUAGUGCCGCACCGACGCCCGUGACGACGCCGGCCGGCUGCACCAACGUGAGCGUGGAGGGCGACGGCACAUACUGCAUCACGGGGCCGAUCUGUUCCGGCUCCACGGACGGCAGCGGCGCGUGUCCCAAGAAGGGCGACCCGGUCGUCGCCAACUGCGUGAGCAACAUCCCGAGCUUCGUGAGCGGGUCGUGCGCGGCGCCCCGUGACGCCAAGUGCGUCAAGCUCAAGUCGGGUGCGUUCGGCUGCACGUUUGCGCCGGUCAAGGCCGAGGUCCAGCCUGCGCCAACGUCAGUGUCCAGGGCGACGCCACGUACUGCGUCAAGGGUGCGAUCGUGCGGCGACGCGGGCGACCAGUGUCCCAAGAAGGGCGACAAGGCCGUGCAGAGCUGCGUGGCCGGCAUCCCGAGCUUUGCCAACGGCAACUGCGUCGCGCCGUCAGACGGCGUGUGCCAGGUGCUGCGUCCGGGCGGUCCCAAGGGCUGUGUGUUUGGCGCGCCAUCCGCGACGCCGUCCGUGACACCAUCGGUGACACCGUCGGUGACGCCGGCGACCGACAACAGCAAGGUGUGUGCCGAGAACUGGAGCCAGUGCAACGGUCAGAACUGGCCGUUCGGCGUCUGCUGCAAGAGCGCGGGCUGGAAGUGCGUCAAGCACAACGACUACUACUCGCAGUGCCUCCAAGGCUAA